GAUAAAUAACUAUGCUUUUUUAAAAACACACAGAGAAUGUCAAAGAAAAGCAGUAACUUUGUGACUGACUUGGAGUUUUGUCCAACAUGUGGUACCAUUCUUCCUCUUCCUGGUAUGGAGGACUUUGUGACGUGUAAGCUCUGUGGCUUCAAGAUCAAUGUUCGAGAAUUUGAUGGUGUAAAAAUUACAUCCAGCAUAGUGUUUAACCGACCCGAGACUCUGCAGACUGAAACUGAGGAGGGAGAAGUGUCCUCAGGACCUCUGGCUGAUAGGAAGUGUAGCAAAUGUGGAAAUGAGAAGAUGAUUUACACGACUAGACAGACUCGAUCAGCUGAUGAAGGCCAGACUGUGUUCUUUACUUGUCCUAACUGCAAAUCACAAGAGAUUGAGUAUUCCUGACAACAAUAUCUUCAUUAUUAUAAUAGCUCCAGUACGGCUGUCAGAUUUUAUAUCUGCAUCAAUCAACGUAUUCAAGUUUUUAUAUGAUAUGACUUUACAACCUUAUAAACUGAGUACAACUUUGCCACUAUGUGAAUUGUGAUUUAAUGCAUUUCUGUAAUAUCUGUAGUUUGUAAUGAUUUUGCAGAUGAAUGAGAGUCUAACUCUGUACAUUACAGGGAAAAAUGAUAGCUAAAAUAAGUUCACAGUCUAAUAAAUUUAUCUAAAUGUUGAGUUGAAGACCACA